CCUCGUGCCACGCCCCCCGCCCCCUGCGCGGAGCCGCCCCGAGGGCGCCCGCGGAGCUGCAAAGCGGUUCCGACCCGGACCCGGACCCGGACCCCGACCCCGACCCCGACCCGGACCCCGACCCCGGAGCCGGGGCCGAGUCGCACGCUAGUCGGCAGGCUGGGGGGCCGGGGGCGCGGGCGAGGCGGGCGGGGGGCGCGCGGGGGCGGCGGGGGCGGGGGCUCCUCGGCGUCCCCCCGCGGGGUCCCCACGCUGCCGCGGCCCGAGCCGGGCGCCGCCUUCCCGCCGGGACACUUCAGGGACCCCAAGCGGCUCUACUGCAAGAACGGCGGCUUCUUCCUGCGCAUCCACCCCGACGGCCGCGUGGACGGCGCCCGCGACAGGAGCGACCCCCGCGUGAAGCUGCAGCUGCAGGCUGAGGAGAGGGGUGUCGUGUCCAUCAAGGGUCUGUGCGCUGACCGCUACCUGGCCAUGAAGGAGGAUGGCCGGCUGCUGGCCUCGAAGCUUGUCACGGAUGAGUGCUUCUUCCUGGAGCGGCUGGAGGCCAACAACUACAACACCUACCGCUCUCGCAAGUACUCAGGCUGGUACGUGGCGCUCAAGCGCACCGGCCAGUACAAGCUGGGGCCACGCACUGGCCCUGGCCAGAAGGCCAUCCUCUUCCUCCCCAUGUCUGCCAAGAGUUGAGGCCCGGCAUCUGCCCAUCACGCGGCCCAGCACACCGACGGCUUCUGUCACGCAGCACCAUGGGGCCCAGAGUGUGUGCGGCCUCCCUCGGUGGCUCUACUGGCCGUCUCCGGCCCCUGCGGGCAGCUGGGGUGCUGCCGCCCUCCCCACUGCCGGGCAGCCGCAUCUGUGCGGCCCCAGUGAUGUAGUGUCCCCGGCGAGGGACCUGUGAGCGUGCGUCUGUCUCCUCACACUCGCUCACGCACACACGCACGCAGGUGUGUGUCCAUGUGGUGGGCCGUGCCAGAUGUCCCCCCGCCCCACGUCCCCGGCGGCAGCUGAGCUCAGGCCGCCACCCCCAGCAGACGGACAGAAGCACCCACUGCCUCGGCCCGGGGUUGCCUCCAGGGGUGAGGGGUGAGUGGUGAGGGGAUGGCAGCCAGGGCACAGCCCACACUCCUGACGGCAACACCUCCCUGUGGCCUGCUGGCGGGAGCACGGGGCCAACUCAAGUCCUUCUUUCCUGAGAAGUGACUCCGAAGACCGGGGCCGUCCCCAGCGCCCACCCCCAGGCCUGGCAAGGCCCCACCGGGCUCGUGACGCAGCAGAGCUGGGUCUCCCGUGUCUGCGGUUCAGUGACACGCACGGUUCUGGGGGGCGUGUCACUGCUCUCUGAGCACCCCCAGCCCCCCAGGUGGGCUCCUCCCUCCCGGUGUUUACGGGCCACGCCCUGCCGGCAGGGAGACUCGCCAGCCCCUGGCUCUGCGAGGCCGGUGUCCAUCGGCGCCGCUGGGCUACCCUCGGGGAGACAGUGAGUCACAGCCACCUCCCUGUCCAGACAAGGGCUGGGGGCCCAAGGACAGCACCCCAUCCGGUACCUGGGCACUUUGCAGCUUUCCGGAGAGUCUGUGUCCUGAGGGGGUGGGAGAGGGAGAGGGAGAGAGACAUGGUGGGCACUGUGAGCCUCCGGCAGCCCUGGCUCCACCUUCGAGACCCCAUGACCAAGACAGAGAGGCCCAGGAGCCUUAUUAGUCUCCAGGCAGCAGAAAGCAACUCCAGGCGCAACUCAGAGUGUCAGGCUGCCACACAUUUGUCACCGAAGCUGCCGGGAUGGUGGCUGACAUGAGGCCGUUUGGGGGCCACGUCACCCGGUUCAUUCUCCUCAGAGCCCAGCUCCAUGUGGCCAGGAACCUGGCACAUCCCCCAAGGGGCCCCCGGCGGACCAGCUCAGCCUGGACCUCAGGCCUGUCUCCGGUGCCCUCCCUGGAGCCGCUACACCUGUCUGGGGUGGCGACACGCAGACGAAGCAGAGGCCUGGCUCCGGUGCCGCCCAAGCCAGAGUCUGGCCACCCGGCCCGGCCCCACGCGCACUCUCCAUCCAUCCUCGCCCCCCACCCCCCGGGGGCUUCUGCUCCCCACCCCCUACCUCCAGGUGUCCUUACCGAGGGGGGCUCUGCUUCUCACCUCACAAGCCUCAUCUCUGAGGCUGCUCUGGGCACUGGGGAUGCAUCCUCGGGGCAGGCGCCCACCCUCCUGUGCCCUGCUGUUCGGGGCUGCUUCGUCUGCUCUGAGGAAGAAGGCCACACAAGGACGUGCUGCGAGCCACCAGGCUCAGGCCACAGGGCAGGGGCACCUGUACCCCUGUGCGGCCCUCGCCCCUGCCCCGGGUGCAGGCCUGAGGGGAAGACUCCCUGCACCAGACGCUCUGCCCUGAGACCUCCACAGCUGCAGCGACCCAAGCCCUCCAGCAGACGUGGCCCCAGGACCCGUCUGUCACAGCCUGCCCGGUGACUUUCAGCCUUGCACAGUUCCUACACUUCAGACUCCGUGACUGGCUGGUCAGGGCCCGCCUGCCUGGUGAGUGCCCAUCUGCCUUCUUAGGGCCUGCCUGCCUGGUCAGUGUCUGUCUGCCUGCCUGGUCAGA